GAGGAUAAUAGGAAGCAGAUGAAAGUUGCAGUGAUUGGAGGUGGGAUUAGUGGGUUGGUUUCCGCUUUUGUUCUUGCAAAAGCCGGUGUCAGUGUUGUCCUGUACGAGAAGGAGGAUUGCAUGGGCGGUCCUGCUAAGACUGUGACUUUCGAUGCUGUUGAUUUGCACCUCGAUUUCAUGUUCUUCAACCCCUAACAUUAGUAACUCAGGUUCUUUAUAAGAAUCAAAAUCAGAAAUAAAUACUUUAAAGGAGCCUUAAUAUUUCUUUUUUUUAAUGGUAUUUUGUUUCUAUUUCUUUUUUUUUUUAAUGAAAAAUAUUAAUAGUU